CACAGACAGAGGGAGAGGGAGGGACCCAGGGGCCGAGUCGGCCCGCUCCCCGGGGAAGGGGCUCUGUUCCAGGGAGAAGCCGCUCCGGGGAUGACUGUGGCCGGGAUUGACAGCCAGCGCCUGCGGAGUUUACUCCGGAAACAGCGCGGCCGGAGGCUGGUCCUGGACUGCAGGCCGGUCCUCUCCUUCUCCGCUUCCCAUGUUCACGGCUCGCUCAGUGUCAGCCUCAACCCGCUGCUGGUCCGCAGGGCCCGCGGAGGAUCGCUGCCUCUCCACUUCAUCAUCCCGGAUGAGAAAGCACGGGCCCGGCUGCGGGAGGGCCGAGUGGCCACCGUGGUGGUCCUGGAUGAGAGGAGCCCACAGAGAGGCACUAAAGGCAGCAUCGCCCAGAUCGUGUUCAACACCUUAACCAGUGCCAGCCCGAGGGUAAAGAUCUACCUCCUGAAAGGAGGCUAUGAAGACUUUCACUCUCAGUAUCCAGAAUGUUGCACUGAGCUAACGCCUGGCAUGAACUACACCAGUGUGCAAGAGGUUAAAGAAACUGAUGCAAGCCCUACAAACCAGCAUGACAAGCCUUGUAGCAACCACAGACCAGUCUAUGAUCAGGGGAAACCUGUUGAAAUCCUGCCUUUUCUGUACCUGGGUAGUGCCUACCAUGCCUCCAGACCCGACUUUCUAGAUGAUCUCCACAUCACUGCUUUGCUGAAUGUCUCUCGCGACUGUGCAGAAUACUUCAAGAGCAAAUAUCAUUAUAAAUUCAUUCCUGUAGAAGACACUGCAACUGCAGACAUGAGUUCCCAUUUCCAGGAAGCAAUAGAUUUCAUUGAUCAUGUGAGGCACACAGGAGGGAAAGUGCUGGUCCACUGUGAGGCAGGAAUCUCUCGCUCACCCACCAUCUGCUUGGCUUAUCUGAUGAGAUCCAAGGAGCUACGGUUAGAAGAAGCCUUUGACUACAUUAAAGAGCGAAGGAGUACCAUUUCUCCCAAUUUUGGCUUUCUGAACCAGCUAUUGCAAUAUGAAUCUGAAAUUCUCUCCCUCACCCCAACCAUCCAACCGUGCAAAAGAGAGACUGUCUCCUGCUCUGCUGAAGAACUGACCUACAAUAAAAGUUUGGAAAGUUCGGUCUAUACUUUCCCCAGUUCACUUUUGAGUACAGUGCCAAUGCCAUCACCAGCUCGCCCGUUUGAGUUCAGCCCGAUAAAGCUAUCUCUGUCUUGCUGAAAUAUGAAUCAAUGUCCAAAAUCAUCAAAUGGAGGAAACCUAACUGAAGGAUCACAAACUGAUACAUCAUUGAUGGUGAAUCCUGAUUGAUUUCCCGUGGUUUAUCAGGUCCUACAGUAUUUUGUGUUUACCAAACUCUGCUUUUUACGAUUGUCCAACCAAUCAGCACAUCCUUCCUGUAGACUGUUGGAACUCAUUGCUGAGCCACCACAAAGAAGGAAGGUCAUAGUAACAUAAGCACACGGUGAGAGAAUGGGAAGGCCGUUCUAACUGUGUAUCGUACAUAAAUGAGGCUUACACUCACUCUCAUGGCUACAUGCACUGCAUUAGAUCAGCAUUGCCCCAGCCUUGCUUGGCUGGGCCUUUUCAUUGUUCUUUGGUUCAAGUAUUCUGAGUAACUUAAUACAAACCAAAGGCCCUGUUGACAGUGUAUUCAAUGCUUCUGUAUUUAUUCAUUCGUACCAAUUCAGGGUCAUGUGUUCUUGUCUUAGUAUCAAACAUAUGCAUGAACAGUCUCUGUGUUUUUAAAUGUGAUGCUUUGUUCUAGAUAUUAACAACAUGUUGUUCUGUAUUGAAGAGCCAUGACACAUCAGAUCAGAGGGAGGCAGAGUGAGAAACUUUGAUCAUCUUUGGUCAUGAUCUGAGUUCAGGGGCAGAGGCUAAGUGACCCUGUGCAGGCUUUCUGUGGGUUGACAAUCUCCUUUAAACAUUGUGCUCCCAAUAUCUUGCUCCCCGUCGAUACCACCUCUCUCUCUGUCUGGGGCCACCCUCUCUCCCUGGCUUCUCCACCUUCUGUCCACCUCACCAGGACUCCGCUCUAGUCAUGCCCUCAGACCAUUGCACUUACCUGUCUGAAGAGUCCAGACCUGGAGUAGCACCAUUCCUGAUUGGCUCACAGUUCCUCUAGAGUGAGGAAUAAAGACCCCGUCUUGACAGCAGUGUCGGGAACUGUGUGGUCCCUCCAGAUUCCUUGUCUCUGGUAGUAGAGGUCUAGCCAUUCUCCUGAUCUCAGCCGUAGUGUGCAGCAUCAAAAUCUCUCUCCACCUACUCCAUGGAGGUUUCAACACCUUCCUGUUCACUCCAAGGGGCUAUAGCUGUGCUCCAUUACUACACACAGAUUAAUCGACAGCAUAUCACUGAACACUUCUGAAAAAAGACGGAACUUUGUAAUUAAACCAAUCUUUUAUACGUGCAGGAAGUCCCAUAACAAUUCUGUUUUGAAUUGUGGCUGCUGUUAUUAUGUUGAUGACACAGUAGGCAAGUCUGCACUGAGCAGAAUCUCUCAAACUGCAGCUAGGUAAAUGAGUAGUUAGCCUGUGAUGCAGUCAGACUAUCAGGAUCAUCCCUUUUGUAGUCUUUGAUCGUGUUUUUGGGAUCUUUUAUGAUGAAUUGAACCAGUAGAAGGGCCUUGGUUUUUGAAGUCAGCAGAAAGACGGACCUUGGCUAAUGUUGAACUCCUCAAUACUGGGCUCAAGUGUGUGUCUGCCUGGACAUUAUUAAUGUCCUGUGAGAGAGUGUGAAUCUAUAACUGACCAAGAGGCUGAGUCUGUCAUUGAGACAGGUGUUAGUAAAAUCUCUUUAUUUUCUUUGUUUUUAAUUAUGAAAUGUUUCUUGCACAUUGUCCCAUGUUCA